GAGAGACAGAUUGGCAAAAGUGCAUAACUUUUCCGAGUCCAUUUGGGGAAUGGAUGCCAAUCCAGGCAUUGGCGGAGAUCCCUACCGCCGUGGAUGUCAGAUUGAUGGUGAUACCGGUGGCAGAGAUUGGAACGUGUCCAAUCAUGGGGCGCUGACGUGGUCAAAGAGAAAGAAGAGUGGGGAGGGCGGCGGCGACGUGUUCGAGGUGGAUGGGUGGGACGUUACAGGAACGGAUACGGGUGAGAAGGUGGAGGAGAAGGAGGACUUUUGUGGAAUUGCGCAGGAGCAGGGAGGUGGAGCAAGCACGGAGGAGGAAGAGACGGAGAGUGAAGCGGUGAUGACCGUUGAUGAUGCGAUUAAUGCGAUUGGAUUUGGGCGGUUCCAAAUGGCGUUGUUUGUAUUUGCUGGGCUGGCAUGGAUGGGAGAGGCGACGGAAGCUACUAUCAUGUCUUUCGUUGGGCCAGCUGCUCAGAGUGAAUGGGGCCUUGCUGCCGGGGAGCAAGGUCUUCUAGCUACUGCUGUCUUCGCUGGCAUGAUGAUUGGAUCCUAUACCUGGGGGACUGUUGCCGAUGUGCUAGGGAGAAAGCGGACAUUGAUAGGGUCAGCAUCCCUCCUCCUCUUUGCUGCUGUCGUGUCCGCUUUGUCACCCUCAUACUGGUUUCUUGCAGGGAGUAGGGCCCUUGUAGGGGUAGGUCUAGCCGGUGGACCGGUCCUUUUCGCUCUUUUCAUGGAGUUCCUACCGACUGUAGAUCGAGGGUUUUGGCUUGUCGCUGUGGCGGGAUUCUGGACGGUUGGGUCGGUGUUAGUAGCCCUGCUGGCGUGGGCGGUAAUGCCAUCCUUAGGAUGGAGAUGGCUGCUCGCCUUCUCGGCCAUUCCGACGGGCAUGGUGUUAGGUCUCUCUCCUUUUGUUCCCGAGUCCCCAAGGUUCUUGAUCGGCAGGCCCGAGGGCUCUUCGCGGGCUUUGCAGAUACUGACGCGUAUAGCUCGGGUCAAUGGCAAGGAGCUCCCAAAUGGGUUGUCCUUGGUCCCUUCGAAAAACGCACCCCUCCAACAGAGUCACCAAAGCGAACCCUACGGGGAGGGGGGGAAGGCCGGGGAGGGCGGGGAGGGCGGGGAGGUCACUGGAGCGUCAACAAACAUGGUUCCCAAGGUUGUCAGAAGCAAGCAGAAAUUGCCAGGGACUGUCACUGACAGCUGCGAGCUUCGCAGAUCGGGCAGCGGCACCAGCUGUACUCAGAUUUCCAGCGAAACCAACGAAGGGUACUGUACUCCUGGCGUUGAAGAUAUGAUAGAGCAGGGGAGAGCUCAGCCUGUGUUGAACGCCCUCAGUCCUUUGCAGGCAACAGGGCAUCGACCGGAAAGGGGAGUGGGGACGAGAGUGAGGGAGCCGGAUGCCACUGGCAAGGCACCAGCGGACUCCACAUAUAUUAUGUCGAAGUCGUUUUCGGGGCAGACGGACACCUCCUCGACAGAGUUUGCGACGCACCCGAGAGCUACACCAUACUACGAUCAGGUAAUGGCACCAGCAUUGAAGGAAGAGGAAGAGCCAUUCGAUGACAAAUUGGGCUUGGAGGAACAAUUACUGCUGCAGCUGGAUUCCAAUGGAGGAGGAGAUGGAAAUGAGAGGGGGGUUGCCCAGGGCGCGAACAAGUGGACAUCAACGGUCGCCGUACUAUUCUCGUCAGGUGUUCGGCGGACAACACUCAUACUGUGGCCCAUUUUCUUCGCUAACGCAUUCACCUACUACGGUCUAAUUUUGAUCACUUCCCAGUUGGCUGGGAUUGGAGCACCAGCAGCAGAUGCAGUGCACUGCAAUGAGCCCGCAAAGCAUCAAUGGGCUGCGGGAAACCUUGACUUUCACUCCAGCAUCCAGAUUGCACCCCACCAAGGGCUAGGGGCCGUUCCUAAUGGUGCCGGGAUGCAACCAUUGUCGGGGAUUUAUGGAUUUGCAGAGUCUGCGACUGCUGCACCUGCUCUUCAUGGUGUUGACGCCAACAGUCGAGGCGAGCGGGGAAAAGAGUUGAUCCGCUGUGCGGCAUCCAUCCAACGGUCCUCGUUAUCGGACGAGCCAUCGGGGAACGGUGGUGAUCAGGGAUACCGUGAUGUAGUCAUUAGCAGCCUGGGAGAGCUUCCAGGGCUUCUGAUUGCUGCUGUUGCUGUCCGCACUGUGGGAAGAAAGCAGGUAAUGAUGUCCAUGUUUGCAGCUUCCACCUUCUCUCUUCUACCCUUGAUUGGGACAUCCGGCUCGCUGAGACCCAGCUUGGUGGCCCUUUACCUGUUCUUCGCCCGUGGUGCCAUCAUGGGUUGCUUCACAGUCGCUUACCUCUAUGCCCCGGAGGUUUACCCGAGCAGGGCUCGAACGACUGGCCUCAGCAUCGCUAAUGGCUUUGCGCGAAUAGGCGGUCUGGUUUGCCCGUUUGUUGCUGUUGAGCUUGUCCGGACUUGUCAUUUGCAGCUUGCCCUCAUUCUCCUUGCUGCGGUCCCUGGUCUUGCCGCAAUCGGCGUCUACUUUCUGCCAUUGGAGACGAAGGGACGAGCCAUAAAUUGACUAAGUAUGAUCAGAGUGAUGAUGCUGACCAUGCAUGACGAGGGGGAAACUCGAGGAGGAGGACGGAUGCAACUGCCCGUUGCCACUGUAAUUGCAGUUCAACUUACUGUGGGGAUUGCAGGUUUUUUCACCCUUUCCGUUUUGGGCUUGUUUGGAUUUAGGGUUUCCUGACUUUUACCUUCCUUUCUUCCAUGAAAGAAAGAGGAGAGACAGGAGACAGAGCCACUUUGAGAUGUACCUUUAAUUUUCUUGUGUUUGUACUAUGUAGUGCCAUGUGCAAGAUUGUACGCACACUGUUUGUGGAAUGAAUUUUUUCCCCAGUC